AAUAUCCCGAUAGAACACAGUGGAUUGUAUUUGAAAAUAUCGAAAAAUCCUUGAGUAUACUAAAAUUGAAUAUUGUUUUAUCGGCCGGAUAUACAAGCAUACAAGUGGGCAAGCGGAGAAACCAGGUUCGCCCUGAUUUACCCAGAAUCCGCUGCCUGCAGAAGCAGAACGGUCACCUCGUAAUAAAAAAUGGCGACGCUCACGAAAGCAAUGCAAGUUUCGAAGAGUGUGAAUAAUGUAACAAAACUCUUCACGAAUUUAUCUUUGACACCAAAUAUUACCGCUUCUCCUAAACAUGCGUUUCGUCGCAGAACAUCAUCUCUUCAUUGUGCAUUCAUACAUAUUACACCAGAACGUCGUGACUUAAUGGAAUUUUUUGAUGAUCCAAAACAUUGGGGACAAAAUGAAGUAAGGGUUGGUCGGUCUUGGAAAAAGGAUGAAUUAAGAUUAAAAAGCAAUUCAGAUCUUCACAAAUUAUGGUUUGUGUUAUUGAAGGAACGUAACAUGCUUAUGACCAUGGAACAAGCUUAUAAGGAAGCUUAUGAAAUUUUUCCAAAUCCAGAGCGCUUAGACAAGGUCCAAGAUAGCAUGAAUAACUUGGAGACAAUAGUCCGUGAAAGAAACAGAGCUUACCAUUUGCUUGAGACUGGUGAAACUGGAGAGAGACCUGGAAGAUUAACCUACAAUCGCCUAGGUAUAAGAUUUUAUUAUCGAAUGCGUCAAUAUGCAAUUCCAAAAUUCAUGAACACAAAAUGGCACAAAACACAUCAGUUUGGCUUUGGUGGAUAUGCAGUUCGGAAGUUCCUGCGAUUAUAUAGAGAGAAAAUAUGGAAUGAAAAACGCAGAGCAAAAAAUCGUGAAAAUAAUCGUGUCAUAGUGUUACUAAGGAAAUUCCCGAAUUUGGAUCUUGAAGCUGUAAAAGAACAAUAUCCAAAUGCUGACAUAGAAAAGAUAAAACAAUGCAACAAAGUGAAUAGUUAUGUAGCGCCUCAGUAAGAGCAAUGAUAUAGUAUAGUAUUGUGAAUUGUCGAAUAUCUAUUUGCGAUAA